GGAUGUAGCUGGUGCAGCCGUUAGAUGGAUGUUGCUGUCCUGGGCAGACAAGCAGCUGGUCCUGAGCCUGCCCCUGUGUCACGUGUACUGCUUUUGUGCCCUCAGUGCCUCGCUGGCAGCUCGGUGACAGUCCCAGAAACACUGCUCUUUGUAUCCACCCUCGAUGGGAACCUUCACGCUGUGAGUAAGAAGACGGGCGACAUCAAGUGGACCUUGAAAGAUGAUCCCAUUCUUCAGGUCCCGGUGUAUGUGGCAGAGCCAGCGUUUCUCCCAGACCCCAACGAUGGCAGCCUCUACAUCCUGGGAGGCAAGAACAAGGAAGGCUUGAUGAAGCUCCCAUUCACCAUCCCGGAGCUGGUCCAGUCGUCUCCGUGCCGCAGUUCAGAUGGGGUCCUCUACACAGGGAAGAAGCAGGACACGUGGUUCAUUGUGGACCCCAAGUCCGGGGAGAAGCAGACAACACUGUCGACAGAAGCCUGGGAUGGCCUGUGCCCCUCCACCCCGCUCCUCUACAUCGGCCGCACCCAGUACGUCAUCACCAUGUACGACACCAAGUCGCGGGAGCUGCGCUGGAACGCCACCUACUCCGACUACUCUGCGCCCGUCCUGGAUGAGGCCUAUGAUUACAAAAUGGCCCACUUCUCCUCAAGCGGGGAUGGCCUGGUGGUGACCCUGGACAAGGAGAGUGGCGAGAUGCUGUGGAUGCAGAACUACGGCUCCCCUGUGGUGGGGAUCUACACGUGGCACCAGGACAGCCUCCGGCGUGUGUCCUACCUCAAUGUGGCCAUGGAGACGCUGCGGUACCUGACCUUCCACUCGCAGGACAUCCGCCUCAAGUGGAACUACCCAUCCGCGAAGGACUUCUCUUCCACCAAGACCCAGCUGCUGCCGACGCUCUACAUAGGGAAGUACGCAGCCAGCUUCUACGCCCUGACCUCCCUGGUCCACGAGAGUGUGGCACUUGUGCCCCAGGGGAUCACGCUGGCUCGGAUCGACGGCCCCACCACGGACGAUGUGACAAUGAGGGAAUCUGGCGAGUGUGAGAUCACCCCCAGCACGGACGUCAAGUACCCACAGGGCAGCACCUCCUCCCUGCACAACCAGUGGUUCCUCAUAGGGCACCAUGAGCUGCCUCCCGUGGUCCACACCACAAUGCUGAGGACCUUUCCAGAGAUGCUGAGGAAGACAACGGAAGCCAUCAUCCCCAAGAGCUCCCCGGCCAGGACUCUGUUUGACGAGUUCCUGACCCCAGAGAGUAUGGAGGAUCCAGGUGGCAGGGGCAGCGAGGGGCGCUUCCACUUGGAUGCCAGCCAGCCAGAGCAGACCAAGAUCUACCCGGAGUUGGGCAGCGGGGACCUCAUGGGUGUGGGUGUCGCUACUGUCCUGCUGGGCGGUGGGAUCCUGUUCCUCUUUCUCCGGGUGCAGUGGGAGCAGCACAAGGCACAGCAGCAGCAGCAGCAGCUGGAGCAGCGGCUGGAGGAGCUGCUGUCCCCAGGCCGAGUCUCCAGGGAGAAUCUCCUGCUGGCGCCCAAGGAGUCACCAAGCGGGACCCAAGAGAUGGCAUCGCAGUCAUCCCAGAGCUCUAGUCCCUCCUUUGUGCAGAGUGACCUGGCCAAUGGGAUGGUCUUCCAGGGUCUGCCCAUGUCUGAGGCUGCUGAAGAUAUGGCACCAGAUGUGAUCACAGUCGGGAAGGUUUCCUUUAACCCUAAGGAAGUGCUGGGCCACGGUGCGGGGGGCACCUUUGUCUUCAGGGGCCGGUUUGACAGCCGCGAUGUGGCUGUGAAGCGCCUGCUGCCCGAGUGCUUCUACCUAGUGGACCGGGAGGUCCAGCUGCUGCGGGAGUCGGAUGAGCACCCUAAUGUUGUGCGCUAUUUCUGCACGGAGAAGGACAAGCAGUUCCAUUACAUCGCCAUCGAGCUCUGCUCUGCCACACUGCAGGAGUACGUGGAGAACCCCAGCUUCGACCGGCGCAGCCUGGACCCUGUGACUUUACUGUAUCAGACCAUGUCAGGCCUGGCCCACCUCCAUGCCCUCCACAUUGUUCACCGGGACCUGAAGCCAUGCAACAUCCUGAUCUCAGCUCCCAACAGCCAAGGGCAGAUCCGGGCCAUCCUCUCGGAUUUCGGUCUUUGCAAGAAGCUGCAGGGCGGCCGGCACAGCUUCAGCCUCCGCUCUGGCAUCCCGGGCACUGAGGGCUGGAUCGCACCCGAGCUACUGCGAGAGGACCCCAAGGAGAACCCCACAUGUGCUGUGGACAUCUUCUCAGCUGGCUGCGUAUUCUACUACGUGGUGUCGGGAGGGCAGCAUCCCUACGGGGACAGUCUGCGGCGCCAGGCCAACAUCCUGUCGGGCACGUACCUGCUGACAUGUCUGCUGGAGGACACUCACGACAACAUCGUGGCGCGGGAGUUGAUCUCGGCAAUGAUCAGUAGUGAGCCCCAGGACCGCCCCUCGGCCUCCCUGGUCCUCAUGCACCCCUUCUUCUGGAGCCGGGAGAAGCAGCUGCAGUUCUUCCAGGACAUCAGCGACCGGAUCGAGAAGGAGCCUGCUGAGGGGCCCAUUGUCACUGCCUUGGAGGCCGAGGGCCGUGCGGUGGUGAGGAUGAACUGGAGGAUGCACAUCUCUGUCCCACUGCAGACAGACUUGAGGAAGUUUCGUUCAUACAAGGGCAGCUCCGUGCGCGACCUCCUGCGGGCCAUGAGAAACAAGAAGCACCACUACCACGAGCUGCCAGCUGACGUCCAGGAGACACUGGGGGCUGUUCCUGAUGACUUUGUUCAGUACUUCACCUCCCGCUUCCCCAGGCUGCUGCUGCACGCGCACACGGCCAUGCAGAUCUGUGCUGGGGAGAGGCUCUUCCACUCCUACUACUACCAGGAGGUGGGAGACCCUGAGAAAUGAGCGGAGAAGCUGCUGCUGGGUCAGGACUGACUUGGAGGCUUGCGUUGCCCAGCAGCAUCUCGUCGGCCUGGUAAGGGGGAGCCUGCCAGGCUGAGGCUCCCACCAGAUAGCUGUUGCCCAGCACGUGCCCUAGUUUAAUCCUUUCAGCACAGAGGUUUCUGCAGGAUGUAGGACAACUAGCAGCACUACUUGCUG